AUGGAUAAAGAAUGGGCUUAUUGUAAAAGCAGCAAUCCUAGAGCAUUUUAUGACGGAGCAAAAAAGUUUGUUAAUAGCAUUCAUGCAAGUAAGGGGUAUCCUGAAAAGAUCCAGUGCCCAUGUAGUAGUUGUAUAAACGUAUGGUCUUACCCACCUCGUACUGUAUUAGAUCAUCUAACCUCAAAUGGGAUAUAUGAGAGUUAUAUUAAUUGGACCUUUCAUGGAGAUGAGCCAAGAACUACUGUACAAGAAGAAAACAUGGAAAGCUUUGAAAACUUGGAGACAUAUAAAAUGUAUAGAGAUGCACAGCUAAAUGAUGAUUUUAUGGAACCUGCACCUGAAAAUAUAGAGUCUGAUGUUACAAAUUUAGUAAAUGAAGCAGAACUUCCUCUAUAUAAGGGUUGUCCUUCUACAAAAAUGUCAGCAACAGUUAUGUUUUUCAAGUUUAAGGCUAGAUACGGUCUAUCUGACAAUGGUUAUGAUGAACUUCUAGAGAUGGUUGGUAGUCUUUUACCUGAAGAUAACAUCCUUCCAAGUUCCUUAUACUCAACAAAAAAAUUACUCAAAGCUUUUGAUCUAGGCUAUGAGAAGAUUCAUGCGUGUGUGAAUGAUUGUUGUUUAUUUAGAAAGGAUCUAGAGCACAAGGAAACUUGUCCGAAAUGUGGCGCCUCUCGAUGGAAAGUUAAUAAGCGCACCCAAAAGAUUGAGAAAGGAGUUCCUGCUAAGGUCUUGAGGUAUUUUCCAAUUAUCCCUAGAUUUAGGAGAAUGUUUAGGGAUGCUGAAAAGGCAGAACAACUUACUUGGCAUGAAACUCACAAGAGUCAAGAUGGCAAAAUGCGGCAUCCUGUUGACUCGCUUGCAUGGAAGAAGAUUGAUAGUAAGUGGCCUGAAUUUGCAAAAGAUCCUCGUAACCUUAGACUCGGUCUUUCAUCAGACGGAUUUAAUCCAUUUGGUGAUCUUAGUUCUAGAUAUAGUUGCUGGCCUGUGGUCUUGGUUGCAUAUAACCUCCCUCCCUCUUUGUGCAUGUCCAAGGAAAAUUUGAUGCUAACAUUGCUCAUCCCAGGUCCUAAGCAACCUGGGAAUGACAUAGAUGUGUAUUUAGAACCACUCAUUGAAGAUCUGAGAGAACUAUGGAUCAAUGGGCUGUAUUGA